AUGGUUAUUAAAAUUUCUAUGGGAGAUGGUGAAGAUAUUAGCUUUGAUAUCGAGAAUCCUCCUCUAGAUUCGAAGUUUGAUGAGCUGUUAAAACUUCUGGAUACUAAUAAGGUUUCUCGAUCUAUACAACAUAAAAUAGUAUAUGGAUAUAGAAGACGUCCAGAGCUUGCCAUGAAGAUACUUGAGCAGCUGAUCAGGGCUGACGGUGAGGAUCAGAUCACACUUCUACUUCUACUUGCAUGCAAGCUUCAAGCAGGAAUGGAUGGAGUUGACAUAGUACAAAGGAUGGAGCUUUUUGAAUCUCCAAUGCUUGAUAUUCUCAAAGGAUUUGCUUCUCUAAGGAAGGAGAGCUAUGACGGAGCACUGUUUCUCUUUGGAAAGGCAGGGUUUUCUCUCGGGAUCCAAAUCUGCAACUAUUAUCUUGGGAACAUUGCAGAAGCCAAGAAGUCUGAAAAUAAGGUGGUGAAGGGAUAUUGUCUUCUAAAGGAAGCCAAAAGCAACGACGAGCUCCGGGAGGUUACACGAUUGUUUCGGGAGACCGGCAAAAAGGAUCUUCUGUUUGGACUAGGAGUCGGAGAGGAUUAUGAAAAUCGGGAGAAUGUUGAUGUGAAGAUGAGACUUAUUGGGGAAUUUGUGGAAAGAGGAGAGUUUCAAGAGGCAUGGGAGGAAAUGGAAGGGAUGCCAAGGAGCGCAGAAGUUCUCUAUCUAAGAGGAAAGGUAGAGCACAUGAAAGGGGAUUUCGAGAAAGCAAAGAGGUACUACACAGAAAGUCUGGAGUGUGAUAGAGAUUUCUUUAAGAGUGAAUACAAUCUACAAAGGAUAGUCCAGAAUAAGAUGAGAGAAGCGCACUAUCGGUCUCCCGAGUUUUGUGAUUUCAAAGCCUAUCUCGAGCUCAAGAACAAGAUAGUUGAUAUAAAUCUAGACGGAUGCAGUGAAGAAUUUCGGAAUGUGGUCUCUGUGAUAGCCAACAAAGGGCUGAGGAGAAGAGAUACUCUUCUAAGAAGAUAUAUGAAGCUGAUAGGGAAUCCAUGGAUUGAGAACUUUGUAGUGAUGAACAAUAUUGGAUAUUCCCUGUGCAGUCACAUGAGACCUUUUGACGAAACAGAAGAAAGGACGGAAGGAAACGACCGAUUUCUUAUUGGAUCGAUUGGAAUAGAUGAAGAAGACAAGAAAUGGAGGGGAGAAGGAGAAGAGGGGGAAAAGAGAGCAAAGGAAGGAGAAAAGUAUUUGAGAAAGGCAUUAGACGAAUGCCCUGAUGAGUACAGGGAAGUGAUAAGAUACAACCUUGGAUAUGUGAUGGAAGAUAAAGAGUUGCUAGCAGAUCUGUCAUUAAAAGAAGCAAGGUUGCUGCUCUCAGUUGAAGGAGAAGGGAUAUCUUCCAUUCCCAACGAGCUUGAACUAGCAGGGUUUUAUCAUAUGAAGAGAAAGGAAUUCAAAUUAGCAAAAAAGAUAUUCCAGAAGUUGGAUACAUUGUACAGUAGCAUUGGGCUUGGAAAUAUAUACAUUAGAAGCUUCUACAAGGACAAGGACGAAUCUGCAUUAGGGAAGGCUAUGAAAGCGUUUUCCAAGGGGUUGAAGUCGUACUAUUGUGGAAAUGGAGUUGGGAUAUGCCUUGCAUUGAAGGGGAGGAUGGAAGAGGCUAUCGAUGUGUUUAAUAACGUUUCGAUUGACUGGCCUGGAGGAUAUGUAAAUCUUGGAAACACACUGAUUCUUUGUAGAAGAUAUAGAGAGGCUAUGGAUGCCUUUUUGAAGACCUCUUCGAUGAGAUAUUCUCGGAAGAUGCUUGAAAGGCUCUGUAAUAUUGUUAAUGAAAUUGACGGAUAUAGACUGUGUGUGGAUGUGGGGAUAGCCGGGGCUAGAGAGAAGGCUUUUGAGCUUCUUGUUGAGCAAGGACGGUUUGAGGAAGCUUCUAAGCUUGGAGUCUCUGAUGAAAGGCUUGUAAGAAUAUACGACGAAAAGAGAGAAGAGGAAAGAAAGAAGAAGGAGGAGUUGAAGAAAAAGGCUGAGGAGAUGAGGGAAUACAGAAAGAGAAGAAAAUAA